AACAUUCCAGGAACAAUUAACAAGUGCUGAAGUGACAUUGUUUACAUCAUAUGAACUAUUUUAAGACUGUGGCUUAUAAAUAGACUUGAUGUUGUUAUAUCCGAUUGCUGAGGUUGAUUUUGUUGCGUCUAUACGACACAUGCCAUGGGACUGUGAGUUGUGCUCAUCAUUCUAGGGUCAACGUGAGGUUACUGGGCCACAAUCCUUGUUUUGUUUUGGUUCUGUGCAUAUUAUCUUUCCAGUGUUUAGGUUAAGUUGCAGUGAGAUUUGAGGAUGGCAGACUUACAAGACCUGAGUGAAGACCAACUGAAGCAGAAGAUUGCUGACCUGAGGGCUGACCUGACAGCAGCGAAGCUAAAUGAAGCAAAUGCAGUUGGGAGCGUCCGUGAGCUUAGGGGUGAGUCCAAAGCCUUAAAGGAAACUGUAGAUAAGCUUAAAGGUAAGGAUACUGUAUAUGUGGGGAGGGACCGAAAGCUUGAGAAGUUGAGGGGGGCACCAGUGGCCAGUAAAGACCCAGAAGUAGAAGAGUGGGUCAGAGAUGCCCAGGGCAUCAUAGAGUCCAGGAAACUGAAAGGGCAAGAUGCCAUUAACUUUGUAACUGACCAUUUGGCUGGCGACGCCCGUGUGGAAGUGGAUAGUAGGGGGAAGAUCGAUGAUGUCCAAGAUCUCUUCAAGAUUUUGAGGAACGUCUUUGACAUUGCCGAUUCUUUGCCUCAACUGAGGCGUAAGUAUUAUGCGAGGUUGCAGGCGGAGGAGGAGUCUGUGGUCCAAUAUUCCCAUGCGUUGGCGAGAAUUCACCAACGCAUGGAGAUGCUGGACUCCGCGCUGAAAGCCACUAAGGAGGAGGCCCUUAGGGCACAGCUCGCGGAAGGGUUUAAAGACCCUCAACUCCGGCGAGAAGCCCUUCGCUGGAUCCGCGAGAAGAACGGCAGCUUUUUCGAGUUGCGAGACUGGGCAACAGAGUGGGUCCGCCAGGGUGAGGGCAGUGAUCUAAAGGUAAAGGCCAAAGUUAGGGAACAUCAGGCAGAACCAGCCCUGAUGGAAAUGCUCAAGGAACAGAAUGUUAUCUUGAAGGAGCAGGUGAAGGCUCAACAGGAGUUGGCAAAACUCAUUGCAGGAAUGAAUGGGCCAACUAGUAAAGGGCAGAAAUAUGACCAACGGGGACGGGCCUGUUUCGAGUGCGGCAGCCUGGAUCACCUAAUUAAGGACUGUCCAGAUGCACAGAAGAAAGCCAAGGCUAAGAAAAAUACGGGUAAGCCCAAAGCGAAGACAAAUGAACAGGCGGCCACAGGGGCGUUAAACUAGUUCGAGCCCCUG